AUGUCCCUUUCAUUAGCUGGAUAUGUGGACCUUGAACGUGCACGGGGCCUUAUUGAGAAGGCUACCAAACGGCAAGCUUAUGUCUGUCAUAUACAUGUCGUGCAAGCGGCUCAAUAUGUAUCGGCUGAAAUGGUAAUGUACGGGAAAAGGUUUGCUCAUUUCGAAGAUCCCAGUGCUUCCGGCCGUACCGCCUAUGUGACGGAUGGAGACAUUCCUCAAGAACUGGUCAAUGCGAUAAAUAGGAUGGCAGAAGGUAUCACCGCCGUCACAUUUCGUGAUGUCAGCAAAUUUCUCAACGAUGCCCUCAAACGUUACUAUGCAACAUCAUUAUGGGAAGUAAAAGAGACUGACGUCGGUGGAGACGCCCAUCCGAUGGGUAGAAAAGUGAAGAAUCUGUCAGAAAUCCUUUAUCCUAAUGGAACUAUCAAGAGUUCAGGGAGUGACGAGGAUAUCCACCAGAGGGCCAAUUCAACUUCUAGUUUCGAUGAAUUUGCGCCCGACGACGAUACAGAGUAUUCCUCGCUACCAAUGUCCGACCAUCCACCAACUCUUCAAGAAACAGAUCCAGAAGCGCUCGAUCGGUAUUACCUUGUCAAAGGAAACUUGUUGAUGCAGCUGUUCCGGCUAUGUCCCAGAUGUGGACACAAGUUAAGCGGAGUACAACUUACUCCAACGGGAACCGCAGCUAUUGUGAACUUCGUCUGCGAAGACUGCUAUGUUCAUGAGCCAUAUGUGAAGCGGUGGGAAAGCCAGGAACGGGACACGAUUCAGAAGGAAGAGCUUUUAUUCAAAUCUGAAACUUAA